AUGACGGAGGAGCGGUCUUGGGCUCAACAAAUCGUCGAUAGGUUCUUCGAAGUUCGUGAAUUUCCGACCCAGUUAGACUGCGGUGACCACGCUCGUAGGAUCACAGGUGCUUCCACUGUUCGAGAAGUCGACAUUCCGGGCUCACUGAGCUACACAGUUCUUUGCACAGAUAGCUCAGAUGAGCGAUCAGGUUUGAUCGUGUCUUUCCGACAACGAGAGUCUGCCUUGGACCAAACACUCAUUGAGCUGGCAAGAUUCAUCCACGGCGAUCUAGUACCAGAAGCUACUUUUCACGGCAACAUGCCACAUUCAGAUCCACCUCUACUCGUAUAUACGAUGGCCUGUUUAUCAGGUAGUCCCUGCCUACAGUUAUUCAGCACCGAAACUGAGUUGAGUCCCAGAGAGGAAGCCAGAUACAUGUGCUUUGUCAAACAUCUUGCCAGAUACUUCGCUCGGUGUUGGUUAAAUCCACAACCAGUAGAUCCUUCGGUGUCGGCAAAUUAUCGAGACGCAAUCUAUCACCAGCUUGAGAAAAUAAGGAACGCUCCACCUCUCAUACUUUCCUCCACUACGAUUUCGAAACUUGAAUGCAGUCUUCCAGAUCUGUUCAAUCAAGAAUAUGUGCAAGUCCUGACACACAACGAUCUCUCCCAAACGAACAUCCUGAUUAGCGAGGACAACUUUGAGAUCACUGGUAUUGUCGAUUGGUCAUUAGCUAAAGUACUGCCGUUUGGCAUGGAACUGGACACUCUCCUGCUAUCCACCGGUUACAUGGAUCUCAGCGGCUGGCACAAUUAUACGUGCCGUGAACGCAUGAUCAGUUACUUUUGGGAUGAAUUCUGGGCUCAUUGUCGUGUUUUUGAUGAUAAACGUCAGCACGAGAUUCGUACCAUGGCGAUGCAGGCCACCAAGAUCGGCGCAGUGCUGCGCUACGCAUUCCAGCGUAACGCUGAUGGUUCCCCAUCCGAGGAGCUGACAACAUCUAACUGGGCAUUAAAGACUCUCAAAGCUCUGCUAUGUUGCUGA